GUCCUGCUGUGCAGACUGUAUCACCAGUUCUGUUUGCUGUUUAUGUGGAGAUCUGGCAUGAGUCACUGCCAUGGGCCUUAGAGCUGCUCUUCUUGGACUUGUGUUUUUAAUGGCACAGAAGAUUUGGGCACAAUAUGGGCCACCACCCCAGCCUUCCAUCUGGGCAGUUCCAGGAGCUGUGAUUUCCACAGGCAGUGCUGUGACCAUCUUCUGCAGGACCCCUCCAGGAGUGACUGGAGUGCGUCUAUCCCAUUAUGUGCAGGAUGGAAAGUGGUUUGAUUGCAUCCCACAGGGAGCCCAGGAGGUGUUUGAAUUCAGUCUGCAGAAUAUGACACAAGGCAGUGCUGGGAUUUACUACUGUGACUAUUCCAAGGGAGGCGAAUCGCCACAAUUUAGUGACAAACUGGAGCUGGUGGUGACAGGUGUUUACAUGGAGAAGCCAUCCCUUACUGUUGAUUCAGGACCUCAGGGAUUCUCAGAAAUCAAUGCAACUCUACACUGCCACAUACACGGUUCCUUUAAUAUCUUCAUCCUCUGCAGAGGUGGAAAUGCUUCCUUUCCCCAGAACUGCUCACAGCAGGACCACAACACAUUCCUCAUCUCCCAUGUGAGCCUGGAGAACCUGAGGACCUACAGAUGCUUUGGCUCUAACAAACACAAUUCCUACUUGUGAUCACUGCCUAGUGACCCCCUUGAGUUUUCAAUCCCAGGGCAAUCACCCCAGCCUUCCAUCUGGGCAUUUCCGGGAGCUGUGAUUUCCACAGGCAGUGCUGUGACCAUCUUCUGCAGGACCCCUCCAGGAGUGACUUAUGUGCGUCUAAUCAAUGAUAAAGGGUGGUUUGAUGACACCCUACAGGGAGACCAGGAAGUGUGUGAGUUCAGUCUGCAGAAUAUGAUACACAGCAAUGCAGGGGUUUACCACUGUGAAUACCACGAUGGAAGUAAAUGGUCC